GAAUGACUAUCUUUUUCUAAAAAAAAAUCAAUUGUUUAAUUAAAUAAAACUCACACAACCCUUGGGCCUUGCUUAAAGCAACCCAGAAGAGGCUAAUGUUUCCGAUAAUCAAAACUCUAACAGGCGCUUCCUUUCCUUUCUUCCCAUUGUUUCUAACCGUUCUCCUCCCUUACAAAAACUCCUGGAUUCCUCAUUCUCCGAUGCUAUACGUGUAAAAAGUACGGCCUACUCUGCUCUGCAUGCCUUCUUUAUUCACUUCGUUGCCUGCAUUGCAGGAAUAAAGUUCACCUAUAGGAUAAAGUAUGGAUCGAUUAGAAUUUGGUUUUUUAAAAAAAACAAGUAACGUCUCCUGUUGAUCAGGGAUUACAUGAUCCUACCGCCACCAACUGUAAAGGGCCAGUGGUUGGGGUGACCGCCAAAGAUUUUUGGUCUGGAUGGUCAAACAAAUCAGUGCAAGUUUAGUUCAUUGUCAGUUCUAUGUACACAUACAAAUCUCAGCAAUUGAUUCAACUUUUCUCAAGGUAAGCAAACAGCUACAAGGUAUUGGUAAUUACCAUUUUGGAGCGUAUAGACUGGUUAGUCUUGUCAUGAUGGAAGAAUUUAGUUAGGUUGGAGUUAGGAUGUGUCAUCUUUGACAAAAAGAUACAAGACCAGAUGUCUAUGGCACCAAGAGGAAGGAAAAUUGCUACUACAAAUGGUUAUCGCCAAGUAUGGAGAUACUUUUAAAUCUUUGUGCAUUGGUUCCAAGAAGAAAUUAAGUUGAUUGAUCUGGUUGUAAUUAUAUCCACUUUGUGAUCAAGAAUAUGCUAUGAACACUUUGAAAGUGAAGAAUAUGCUAUGGAAUAAGCAGAAGAACAAGAAUAUUGCAAUGAACAAUCUAAAAACAGGAGUGGAUAAACACAUCAUCAUUGACAGGCUAGAGAGACACACAAUAUUAGGAAAUUCAGGAUAUUGGUGAUCUGCAGGAGGAAGAUAAGAGAACAAAGACACAAGACAAUACUGGGACACAAGAUACAUUGGCCCCUAUUAGCCUCAACACUGCUGACAAAUAAAAUAAAGGUGGCAUGAUCAUGGUAGACUUGGGCUCCAUAGAAGACAGAAUGAACACUGGACUGAACCAAAGGCAUGGCCCUAACAUCCAAAAUGACAUAGAACAACUGGUGGAGGAGAGUGAUGAGGACGGUGUUUCAUAUGGAGCAUAUACAGAUGAAGAAGUAGUAGACAGUUUGAUACAAACAUUUGCAUCCCCCCCCCCCCCCCCCGGCCCAAACCCCCCACCCUGAAGAUGAUUCAAGGUUCAGUUCAGUACUUUGGUUCAUCAAAGUAUAUUUUUAUCAUUAGCUACUGGAGGCUUGGUAUUGGUUUAUGGUGUAGUUUGGUUCAUCGAAGUAUAUUGAAUCAUUAGCUAUUGGGGAUAGGAAUUUUGGAUGUUUAAAACACAGCAAGAAUAAUCACUGCCUAAUCCUUUACUUGAGCAAGGAAUUGGGACACCCACAUGUUCUUGAAAAGGCUGAGUAAAAAUAAAUUUGAAAUGGUUCAAUUUUUCCCCAAUCAGAGAAGUUAAAAAGAUUAAUUAAGUAAAUCCAAAAUGAACUUAACCGGAACUGAAUAUGAUAUCUCUUGCAGCAACAUUUUUACAUUUGCUGAAAGUAACUUCUAGAAGAGAUGCUUAUGAUAAUAGUUUCUUCAGUGAUGAAAAAAAUUAGAAUUGCAACAAGCAAAUCUUUUUUUUUUUUUUUUUGGGAUAUGACAUAGAAAAACUAAUUAACAUUUGUGACUUAAAAAUUGACUAAUGCCCUUGCUUCGAACAUUUUUACAUUUGCUGAAAGUAACUUCUAGAAGAGAUAUGCUUGUGAUAUUAGUUACUUAAGAGUGAUGAAAAAAAUUAGAAUUGCAAUAACGAAUUUUUUUUUUUUUUUUUGGGAUAUGACAUGGAAAAACUAAUUAACAUUUGUAACUUAAAAACCGACUAAUGCACCGCGCGAAGCGCGUAUAAAAACAUCAUAAAUUCAUUCCCAACUUCAACAGAAUUCAAGAGGGCAUUUUUUCGAAAUUCAAAAAGAAAGAAGUCUAAACCAAAUGGAAUUACUACCGUACUCUGUUUCUUUCGUCUUUAUCUACUCGUACAUCGUACAUUUUACACAUAAUAACAAACCCUUCCCCUUUCCUUUUUAUUCGCAUCUCUUUGCACUAUAAAUAUCCCAUCAAAAUAAAGUUCCAUUAUUUCCUUAACAGCAAAAAAAAAAAAUGUCUAGGGACGACAACAACAACAACCAUGAAAUCGACAAUAACUUGCUCACAUUGUCUCUUUCUUUUCCUUCUCCCACCGUACAACCCCCACAGCCCCAUGUACAACCCCCACCACCACCACCACAACAACGCAGGCCACGUAAGCGAAAGCUAUCAAAUAUAUCAAAAAACGACACCGUUUCACCACCUUAUCCAUGGGCAACUAAUAAACGAGCAAUAGUUCAUAGUCUCAACGUACUAUACUCUAAUCAAAUAUUUACUAUCAAAGGUGACGUUCAAUGCAAAAGGUGUGAGAAAAAAUACGAAAUGGAGUUUAAUUUGCGCGAAAAAUUCGAGCAAAUUGGAACCUUUAUUGCGUUAAAUAAAGCUUCCAUGCAUGACCGUGCACCAGAUAUAUGGAUGAACCCUAUUUUUCCAACGUGCAAGUUUUGUAAACAAGAGAAUAGUGUGAAACCUAUUAUAGCAACAAAGAAGAAAGAGAUUAAUUGGCUAUUUUUGUUAUUGGGACAGUUUCUUGGUUGUUGUACACUUGAACAGCUCAAAUAUUUCUGCAAACAUAACAAGAAUCACAGGACUGGUGCUAAGGACCGUGUUCUUUAUCUUACGUACCUGACUCUUUGCAGACAGCUUGAUUCCAGUGGCCCUUUUGAUCGUUAAAAAUUGGUUCUGUUUGCAAUUUGGAGUGAGAAAGGUGCUAAAAGUUAAAUAGGGUUAUGUAAAAUUACUACUGCUAAUGUUACUAUUGCUAGGAUGAUUUAGUACUUUUUAGCUUCAGUUGAAAAAGGUGUAACCAACUUUUGUGUUGCUGUUCAUU